AUUCUUAUCAGCUGACAAAUUAGUUUAGGUAAACAUUUUUCACAGCGAUGUAUUUCAUGACGAAAACGAUACCUAUGUUUAAUGAGUUUCGAGCUGAAUUGAACGCGAGUGAAUGUGCACUAUUGUAACUUUUUUUAAAAACAUAUUUCGCGUAGAAGAGCACUGAAACUAAAGUGAUUGAUUUAAAAUAAUCGGAUCGUAAAUGAUUCCCAGAAUUUAUUAGCAUAGUUUCUAUUUCUACUGUCUAGAAGAUAUCACAGUUUAACGGCAUAAAGAUGAAGAACGACGAACAUCAAGCUGUAACUAUUUUUAGGAAGUAUUUACAAAUUCCAUCGGUACAUCCGGACGUUAAUUAUGACGAAUGUGUUAAAUUUUUAAGAAGCCUAGCAGAAGAAAUAGGAUUACCGGUUGAAAUAAUUGAGAUUUGUGCUGGGAAACCGAUAAUCAUCAUUACAUGGCUUGGCCAAAAUCCAGAAUUACCGUCUAUAUUGUUAAAUUCGCAUAUGGAUGUAGUUCCUGUGUAUCCUGAUAAAUGGAAAUAUGGGCCAUUUAGCGCAGAAAAAGACGAAAAUGGGAACAUUUAUGCGAGAGGUGCCCAAGAUAUGAAAUGUGUUGGUAUCCAGUACGUCGAAGCUAUACGAAGAUUCAAAAACGAAGGACUGAGAUUCAAAAGAACUAUUCACAUUACUUUUGUACCCGAUGAGGAAAUUGGUGGUGAAAAAGGCAUGGCGAUGUUCGUUAAAACUGAGGAAUUCCGCAAAUUAAACAUUGGAUUUGCAUUAGAUGAAGGAAUAGCCAGCGAAACAGACGAAUUUCAUUUAUUUUACGCGGAACGAUCUAUUUGGCGUCUUGUUAUAAAAUUCUGCGGUAAUGCUGGUCACGGUUCUUUACUUCAUGAAAACACAGCAGCUGAGAAACUUCGAUAUGUUGUGAAUAAAUUUUUGGAAUAUCGAGAAAAAGAAAAACGCAGAUUGAAUUCAAAUCCAGAACUCAGUAUAGGCGAUGUGACCACAAUAAAUAUGACUUACAUUGAAGGAGGCGUACAGAUGAAUGUGGUACCUCCUGAAAUGAUGGUAGGAUUUGACAUUCGAGUAGCAGUUGAUGUUGAUCACCAACAGUUCCAUGAUUUGAUAGAAUCCUGGUGUAAAGAGGCUGGAGACGAUGUACACUGCGAUUAUAGAAGAAAAUUUCCCAAAUUACCGCCAACCUCGUUAGAUGACAAAAACCCCUGGUGGAUGGCCUUUAAAAAUGCUGUUGAUGAAAUGGGAUUAAAAGUGAAACCAGGUGUAUUUCCUGGUGGUACUGAUUGCCGAUACAUUAGACCAUUGGGAAUUCCAGCUUUGGGUUUCUCUCCCAUGAAUAAUACACCAGUUCUGUUACAUGAUCACGACGAAUUUCUCAAUGAAAAUGUAUUUCUGCGCGGGAUUGAAGUUUAUUAUAAUGUUAUUAAAAACUUAGCAUCUGUAUGAAAACUUUUCCUUAACCAUUCAUCAUACAAAUCCAUCAUAUUUUCUGAUCAUUCUUUUUUGAAUCGCAUCAUUUUAUAUUUCUCGUAUUGUGAAAUACACUGUUUCAUUUCUUUA